AUGAGUGAGAAACGACAAGCUAUCAAAGUUGAUCCUGUCACAGUUGGAGAAAAGUCAGACAUUGAUAACUUGGCUUAUCUUGCUGCUCACGUAAGUUUCUUUAUCAAAAAUUUCAGAAUUCAACUUUGUUUUUAAGGGUGGAGAUGGUCGUCUUUUCAAAAUGGAAGUUGACUACACCAAACAAGUUGAUGAAGCAAUCGUGAAAUCAAAUGAGAUCGCUCAAGUAAGAUUUUAAAGUUUUCAUUAUCCUGAAACCCUUAACAUAUAUAUUUUUUUAAGAAAGGCGAUGUCGUUGGAGCUGUUGAAAGUUUGAACAAUAUCGAAAAAUUGUCACGUCUUGGAUCCGAUAUGAAAAGUAAUACCAGAGUUGUGCAGCAUCAAGUUAAAUUAUGCUUUGAUGGUCAAAAAUGGGACUUGCUCAAUGAAACGAUUCUCACACUUUCGAAAAAACGUCUUUUGAUCAAAAUGGCGAUCGCAAAAAUGGUCAGAGAUGCAGUGGCUAUGAUUGAAAAACUUCCAAGUGAAGAUCUCAGAAUGAAAUUGAUCGAAACAUUGCGAACAGUGACUGCCGGAAAGAUUUAUGUUGAAGUUGAGAGAGCUCGCCUCACAUCAAUGGUUGUUCGAAAAUUGGAAGCCGAAGGAAAGAUUGAUGAAGCUGCAACUAUGCUUCUCGAAUUGCAAGUUGAAACCUAUGGAUCAAUGGAUAUGAAAGAGAAAGUUGAAUAUUUGUUGGAACAAAUGAGAUUCUCUCUUGUUCGCAAUGAUUUUAUUCGUGCUUCAAUCAUUUCGAAAAAAAUCAACAUCAAAUUUUUCAACAAAACCGAGACGGAUGAAGUUCAAAACCUCAAAUUGAAAUUCUACGAAUUGAUGGUUAAAAUCGGUCUUCACGAUGGAAGUUAUUUGGAUGUUUGUCGUCAUUUCCGCGCUAUUCACGAUACGCCGAAAAUCAAGGAUGAUUCAUUGAAAGCCAGUGCUGCUCUCCGCUCAGCUGUUGUUUAUUGUUGCCUUGCUCCACAUGACAAUGAACAAUGGGAUCUUCUCAAUAGAAUUGCGAUUCAAAGAGAAAUCGAAUCAGUUCCCGAAUAUAAAUUGAUUCUCGAUUUGUUCAUCAAUCAAGAACUCAUUUCAUACAAAUCAACAAUCGUGGCGAAAUAUGAGAAAUUGUUGAGACGGGGCACUUCAAACAGUCCUGAUACUGGAGUAAGUUCCUGAAGUAAAAAUUUUGAAUUAAUUUUUUUUAUUGAAAAUUUUCAGAUCUUCGACACCAGUAAAGAAGGAGAAAAAAGAUGGAGUGAUUUGCAUCUUCGUGUUGGAGAGCAUGUAAGUUUUCAGUUUUCAAAAAAAAAAUGAAAAUCUAUUUUUUUUUAGAAUAUGAGAAUGAUUGCUAAAUAUUAUACACAAAUCACAUUUGAUCGUCUUGCCGAACUUCUCGAUUUUCCAAUUGAGGUAAAUAUUUAUGCAUCGUAAAUACAAAGGGAAAAAAAUGCUAAAAAUAUAUUUGAACAUUGAAAGAUCAAUUCACGAAAAGUCAUAGGUCAAAAUUAGUUUUUCGAGUUUUUCAGCCAAAAAUGAUGACAAAUCGAUAUUUUUUAAGCUUCUGGAGUAAUUUCUGAUGAAAAUAUGCUUCGAGAACCCUAUUUUGCUUUAUUCUAUGAAUUUUUUAGAAAUUCAACAGAAUUUAAAAAAAUUUUAUUUGACGAAAAAUCAGCAAAAACUUCUGAAGGUGAAUUUUAAUUAGAAAUUACCUUGGAGUUCACUUUCCAGAAGGUUUUGCUGAUUUUUCGUAAAAUAAAAAAAUUUUAAAUUUUGAUGAAUUUCGAAAAAAUUCAUAAAAUAAAGCAAAAUCGGGUUCUUGAAGCUUAUUUUCAUCAGAAUUUACUCCAGAAGCUUAAAAAUAUCGAUUUUUCAUCAUUUUUGGCUGCAAAACUCGAAAAACUAAUUUUGACCUAUGACUUUUCGUGAAUUGAUCUUUCGAUGUUAAAAAAACAUUUUCAAACAUUUUUUUCGUUCGUAAAUCAACCCUUAUGAAAAAUUUCCAGGAAAUGGAAUCUUUUGUUUGCAACCUAAUUGUGACUGGUCAAAUUGUUGGCGCCAAACUCCACCGUCCUUCCCGCAUCGUAAAUCUUCGCGUUCAAAAAGCCAACAUCGAACAAUUGGACAUUUGGGCGAAUAAUGUUCAACAAUUAACCGACACCCUCAACAAAGUCUCGCAUUUGAUUCUCAAAGAACAAAUGGUUCACAAGAAUUUGGAUCUGACCAAAACAUUGGUCAAUGCAUGA